GAGAGAUGAAGAAGACAACACAACACAAAACUGAUGAUCUCCGCAUAGUGCUGCUGGGGAAGACUGGAGUUGGGAAGAGCUCUACAGGAAACACCAUCUUAGGGAGAGACGUUUUUGAGGCAGAAGCAUCUGCUAAAUCGGUUACUAAGACAUGUGAGAGAGAGACAGCUGAAGUCAAUGGGAGGCAGAUUAUAGUGAUUGACACUCCAGGGCUGUUUGAUACUGAGCUUGAUAAUGAGGAGACCCAGAGAGAACUCACUAAUUGCAUCUCACUGGUAUUACCAGGCCCACAUGUGUUCCUCUUGCUGAUAGCAAUUAAUCGGUUUACUCAAGAGGAGAGACAAGCAGUAGACAUCAUUAAAAGGACUUUUGGUGAAAACAGCAUCAAGUAUACUAUUGUGCUCUUCACUAGAGGAGAUGAUCUGGACAAGUCCAUUGAAGAGUUUUUGGGGAAAUCUCGUCUUACAAACAUAAUUGAACAGUGUGGUAAGAGAUACCAUGUGUUUGACAACAAGACCAGAGACCGCACUCAGGUUUCUACUCUCCUGGAUAAGAUUGACAUCAUGGUGGCAGCAAAUAGAGGAGGCUGUUACACUCUCCAGCAAAUGGAGAUAAUGAUGAAGAAGAAAGAAGAGUUGAAAAGUGAAAAAGAAGAUACAAAGGAAGACAAAGACAGACCUAAAGGACAUGGGAACCCAACUGCAGGACAUGAGAACCCAACAGCAGGACAUGGGAACCCAACUGCAGGACCUGAGAACCCAACAGCAGGACCUGAGAACCCAACAGCAGGAACAAGAGGCAGAAGCAGCAAAAGGAAGAUGAAAUAUAAAAAUAAAGCUAAGGGAGGAAAGAGCUGAGCAUAGAUGAAAGAUAUGGAGAUG